AUGACUGACAAGAGUUUGGUUUUUGAGUUGUUUGGUGUUGACUGCGGUGAUUAUUACGCGCUGAUAAAGAGCAGUGCCGUUGUCGAUCCUCCGGCUCCUCCUCGGCGUGCCGAUGCUAAUCCUCCAGCUACACAUGCUAAUCCUCCAGCUCUUCCUCAUGAGCCUCCGAUUCUUCCUCAUGAGCGUGCUGCCGGUCAUGAUCCUCCAGCUCGUCCUCAUGAGCCUCCAGCUCGUCCUCAUGAGUGCGCCGCCGAUGCUGAUCCUCCAACUCUUCCUCAUGUGCGUGCCGCCGGUGCUGAUCCUCCACAAUCCUUUCUAAUGAAUCUGCCUUAUGAUUUUAAAACUCGCCCCCCACAUGAGCGUGCCGCCAGUACUGAUCAUCCAGCUCUUCCUCAUGAGCCUCCGGCUCGUCCUCAUGAGUGUGCUGUCGGUGCUAAUGCUCAAGCUAAACCUCAUGGGCGUGCCGCCGGUGCUGAUCCUCCAGCUCUUCCUCAUUAG